AUGAUGAAGACGGUCAUGGAAGCUCAACUCAGAGUGUUGAAUCCCUCCACUCUGGGUCGCCACUUUUUCUGCCAAACAACCACGUUCCCACGCUCUCACCCUUUCCUUUUCUUCCAACGCGCCGCUUCCACCACACCCAUCUCUUCCUCUCUGGCGCGCCCCCUCAUUCCUCCAAAUUCCAAUCACCGUAACUUCAUUUUCUCCUCUCUCACCUCUUCCCAAUCCCUUAACUCUUCCACCCACUUUCCCAAUGCUCACCACAACACCUUUCUCUCUCAAUCACAGGGUGGUGGUAGCGCUUUCGUCUGGAACCCUGCUUCGGACACCCCAAGCGCCGCGCUUUACGGACCCAAAGACCGCGUGCCCACGGUGGUCCUGUUGGGGUGGCUCGGAGCGAGGACCAAGCACCUCAAGAGGUACGUCGAGUGGUACAAUUCGCGUGGCUUUCACGCGGUUACCUUCGUCGUCGAUGUCAACGAGCUACUUCGAAUUGACCUCGGCCACGUUCUCGAGACCCGAAUCUCUCUCCUCGCCGACCACCUCGUUUCUUGGUUGUCUCGUGAGGAACAAGAUGGGAAGGAACGAUGCUUGGUUUUUCACACUUUCAGUAACACGGGUUGGUUUGUGUACGUGGACUUGUUAAUCAUUCUGCUAAUUCCAAACGCCCCCUAUGAGGAUCUCAUGGAGAAGAUUAAGGGCUGCAUUGUUGAUUCGGGAGGAGGAGAACCUUUCAAUCCACAGGUCUGGGCUGCCGGUUUUUCUGCUGCUAUAUUUAAGAAGCGCAGCUCUUUAGGAUCUGUAGCCGAGGUAGAAGGGAAGCUGAAAUCAGAGACUGAAGCUAGCUUGUCAAAUAUUCAACAGGACGAACCUUCCAAGAUUGAAACAGUGGUCUUGGCACUAUUAGAGAAGCUCUUCUCAUUUGUUUUGCAGUUGCCAGAUGUGAAUCAGAGGUUAACAAGGAUUGUGAAUGUGCUGACGAAACACCAGCCUUGCCCCCAGCUUUACCUGUAUAGUACAGCUGACAAAGUAGUUCCAUUUCAAUCAAUAGAAGCGUUAAUUGAGGAGCAGAGAAAGAUGGGAAAGUGGGUAAGGUCCUUUAACUUCGGAUCAUCACCCCACGUGGAUCAUUAUAGGACAUUUCCGGACCUAUAUUUAUCACAGGUUACUGAGUUUUUGAACCAAUGUUUUUCCACAACCACACAGACACCUUACAAGGCUUAA